AUGAUACAGGUUACAGAAGUGUGGAAUAAUGUAACUGAUGAUAUUAUUUAUCAAAUUAAAGAUUAUAUUAAUAUUGAUUCUAGUUUAAAAACAACAGGAAUUCCUAAUGAUAAUGAAAUUAUUUCAAGUAUUCUUGAAGUACCUGAAGUUGAAGAAGAAAUUAAUGAUAUAAUUUUAUCAAUUUUACAUAAAACAGUAUUAGAAAGUAUUGAAAAUAUAUAUAAUUAUUUACAACAAUAA